AUGAAGUGCGGAUCCUCACGGCGGAAGAAGACAGCCGCUGCGAUCGGGCUGUUUGUGAUGGCACUUCUGGCCUUGCGCGGGCUGGAGACUGUCGGCCUAUCCCUGCCAGAGAAGCAGCUGCCGGAGACGCCGCAACAGCUCCUGGAAGCGAGGUGCCAGCAGAGGUGGGCUUCCUUGAAGGAGGAUCUUGAUUGGACGCGCUACCACCUACAGGUGGUGUUUCUGGAGGGCGACGGCAGCGGCCGGUCGCGUGUCGCUGCCGGUCUUUUCGAGCGCAUCGCCCAGGAGCAUAGCUGCGCUGGGGCACUCCCGGUGGAAGCCGCGACCACCGGUGGCAGUGCCGGAUAUUUGCCGGACACCGCCGCAGAAAAGCUGAAGCUGGCGCCUCGCUGGACAUCCCGGGACGUGGAGGAAAUAUUGAAGACUUCUGACUUGAGCUUCUACGAUGUGGUGGUCUGCGUCGAUGCCGAGGCGCUACAGCAACUUCGGGGUUUCGGGAAUCUCCCAGCGUCGGUGGUGGAGCUGGGCGAUUUCGGUCCCUAUCUGGACGAGCGUCGGCCAGAAUCUCCGAUGAAGGCUUGGGUGCCGGAUUGGCGCCAGGUCAUAGAUCCAAAGUACGACGAGCGCCAAGAGGCAGCCGCAGCGCCCAAAGACGACGCCCUGGGCGUCUGGCUCACGGUGCCCGAGGACCUGGCGCGUCUUGUGCAGCCGCGCUAUGAGCGAGUCCGGCAGAGCCUGUCCGCUGACGAGGCAAGAUUGGCCAAUGGUCUGUUUGGGGGCGACGACGAUGCGGCAGUGCUCACGUACCAUGUUGCUGGGCUUGUCCGCUUCCUCAUGGACUCCUACCCGCUUGAUCUGCAGGGCGGGCCGGGUUACUGCGGACCACCAUGA